AGCAUUCGCACCUUCCUUUAUCUACCACGCCAUCAUUCGGCAGUCUUUUUGGCUCCCAACCUGUGCUUGAAAACCAACCGCCUAAAUGAGCCACUGGCGAGAUAUCUUCAAAACCGAUACGGGCAAGGCCCGUCACCGCCGACAUAUGGAGCGACACCACUUGCUUCCUUCAUUUACAGACGAACAUAUUUCGUCCAGUCUCCCGUCAAAGGAGGUUACAAGGGUGGCCCUCCGUCUGAAGUAUCAGAUCGAACAAAUCGUACCCUGCGAGCUCGCGGAGAGCGACAUUACUAAUCCCAACAGCCGGGUCAUUACAAAGGAUGUGAUCCAGACAGCCCGGCUAGCGGGAGGUGACCUGCAGGCCUGUGUCCCCUUCUGCCUGCUUGUCUGUCUACGAUGGUUCAAGAUACUGGCGCGGGAGGAACUUUGGGAUUCUGAUUUGCAUGAGCGUCGAGCCCUUGCAUGUGAGGUCAUCGCCAAGCGCAUAAUUGAAACCGAGGAAGAUCAGGAUACACUUCUCAUCCAUGUUCUUCUGAGGCGAUACUCGAUCUUUAUUGAUGGAGAGGAGACCGUGCCGGCAAAUGUUAUUGAGCGCGCUGUUGAUAUCCACGCUUUGAGGGUUAUUGGCUCCUCGGGAUACCAGAAGUGUAUCAGAUACCUUUGGAAUGGAUGGUUCUGUCAGCAGGAAGGCAAUCCAACCAAUUUUGUGCCCUAUCAGGAAAGGGACAACGCCAGUUUUGCCGUCCAUUUUCACCCCGAUCGGAUGAGGGCGCCCCUUUAUCAGAACAUCUGCCAAAUCUUCUUUUCUUUGGUGUUCCUUGGUCUCUACACUCAGGUCAUCAACACCGUCAAUCCUACCGGUGACAUAGAUGUCAUGGAGGGGAUUCUCUAUGUCAUGACACUUGCAUUCAUUUGCGAUGAGGUAACUAAGCUCUGGAAGAUUGGGUGGCAAUAUAUAGACUUCUGGAACGCCUUCAACUCUACUCUCUAUGCGAUCCUUGCUGUGUCUUUUUUCCUGCGAGUCGCUGCUCUGGCGCAUUCUUCGUCGGUACACGAUGCAGAGAGACGACGGCUCAACGAGUUAAGCUAUAACUUCCUGGCCUUUGCAGGACCAAUGUUCUGGACGCGUAUGAUGCUUUACUUGGACUCUUUCCGCUUUUUCGGGGCAAUGUUUGUGGUUUUGAGAGUCAUGAUGAAGGAGAGUCUGAUUUUCUUCGCCCUACUUUUCGUCGUCCUCGCGGGUUUCUUCCAGGCAUUUAUCGGCAUGGCUCAGGUUGAUAAUGAUAUCCCCAUCACAAGAAGUAUUGUGCAGGGUAUGAUCAACAGUGUCAUGCAGAGUCCGGAAUUCAGCACUUUCGAGGACUUUGCAUUUCCGUUCGGAAUCAUUCUCUAUUACAUGUUCAAUUUUGUUGUCAUGACCAUCCUCUUGAAUAUCCUCAUUGCACUGUACAAUAGUGCAUAUGAGGAUAUCUCAGGAAAUGCCAUUGAUGAGUACAUGGCCAUCUUCGCGCAGAAGACCAUGCAGUUCGUGCGUGCACCGGACGAGAAUGUCUUUAUACCUCCAUUCAAUCUGUUGGAGAUCAUCUUCUUGGUGCUUCCGUUCGAAUGGUGGCUUCCGAGCCAGUAUUAUGCCAGACUUAAUGACAUCGUCAUGGGGAUCAUAUACUCGCCCAUCCUUAUUUUCACUGCGUGCUUCGAAGUUCGGGAUGCAAAGCGAAUCAGGUGGAAUCGACGCCGCGGUGAGGAAGACGACGAUAGCGUGCAGGAAUGGGAACAUGCCGCUGAGGAAGUUGACUUCGACAUUGAUGACGGCUGGAGACAGGCUGUGCAGGACUCUACCCCAAAUGUGCUUGUUGACAGUGCCACAUUGGAGAUCAUGCGGCUCAAGGAACAGAUAAUUUCACUUACUGAUACUGUCAGGGUCCUAGCUGAGGAGAGGGCCGCGAGAAGUAUGAUGAUGGGAGAGUCGAGCUUGACCAUGGUGGACCAGGAAUAAUCGGUUUUGGGUAUUGUGUGCCGGUCUUGUCUUAAUGCCGUUGCGUUUCCUCGUGUGAUUUAUCCCGUUGCGAAGUUUGAUUUUGGGGUAUGGCAUAC